AUGGCAUCCAACAUCAAGAGUAAUGACGCACUGAACACGGUGGACCAAAGCAAUGCCACUUUGGACCCCGUUGAGACUGUUUCUGAGGACGAUGCGUACGCGGUUCGCAUUAUUCAAAUCCCGGACAGCAAAUGGAAGAGGCACUACAGAAGCGUGGCCUUCCAAAUGGUGUUGCUGUCACUGCUUUCCUUUUCUGGACCUUCCAUGAGCAAUGCGUCUGCAUUUCUUUACGUCGCGGAGGCUUCAUCCAUGAUAUCCUACCCUGAGCAGCACCGACGCGGUUUCUACAUAAGUAUUUGGGUCAUCAUGAGAAAUUUGGGCUCUAUCAUUGCUGGAGCCAUUAGCUUCUGUCUCAAUAUCGCCCGCGACGGCCAGGGAGGAGUCAGCGCCAACACCUACUUGGCUUUCCUGGGCAUGGAAUGCAUCGGUCUACCGGCCGCAUUCCUGUUGACAAAAACCCGAAAUGUUAUACGAUCUGAUGGUUGGGGUGUUCCUCUACUUCCGAAGAAGACCUGGAAGCAAGAAUGCAAGUUGCUGCUUGCCCACCACUUCCACAAGCGGACACUCCUUCUUAUUCCAGUGUAUAUCCUCACAUACUUUGGAGACGGCGUAUGGGGCACCUACCUCUCACUUCACUUUUCGGUCCGAGCCCGCGCGCUCUCGGCGAUGCUUGGUCCGCUGGUUGCGGUCGUCAUGAAUCCUUUGUUUGGUAUGAUCCUCGAUAUGAAGAGUGUCGGUCCUCGAAGAAAGGGAAUCAUUGCAUAUUGGGUGUGGACAAUUCCCACAUU